AUGGAGAUCAGGAAUGUGGCAGCCCGGACGAACAAGGCUGUCACCUUGGUGCAGCGUAGAUUGACGGCAUCGGUGCACAGCGGGCAGCACAUUGAUGCCUUCGAAGCCGUUGAGGGAGGUACCGAUCGCGUUUGUCGCGGAAGCAGCGUGUCAGACGAUGACAAUUCUUAUUAUGUUGUGCAUGGUGGAAGCACAGCAGGCAGCUUGGAAGCGUGCAAGAACGCUUGUGUGGACACACCGGGAUGCAGAGGCGUUGAGUUCCGGCCAGGGCGCUGCGAGGUUUGGACACGGGUUGGUGGCAUCCAGGCUGCAGCAGUGACAACAGGGCCGGUUUGCUUGCGCUACGUACCUUUCGUACUUGCGGAGGGCAAGCUGGAUCGCGCCUGCCGUGGUGGCAGCGUGUCAGACAACAACCCUGCCUUCUAUGAGAUCAUGUCUGCGAGCUCCUUGGAGGUAGAUCUGCAGAAAACAGACUACCACAUGCAGACUUUGAACAACACUUUUCUUGCAGUACUCGUAGAAGAGGCUGCACAGUGCUACCUAAGCUUGACUGGAAACCGUGUGUUUCUCCGUGCAGCAUUCCCCUGGAAGGCGUGCCAGGACCUUUGCCUGGGUUUUUCUGGAUGCUGGGGCAUCGAAUUCAGUGGUACCCGCUGUGAGAUCUGGACGCGUCAGCCUUUGGCGCCCUUUGUUCAACUGGAUGGCAGCGACCGAGCCUGCCGGGGUCGUGACGACUCCGACAUCGAGCCCAGCUUCUACUCGAGCCAUCCCGCAUUGUCGAUGGAAGCCUGCAAGUCAUUGUGCGCGCAGAGCCCGCUUUGCCAGGGCAUCGAGUUUUCUUCGACCGACUGCAAAAUUUGGACCCGUGCUUCUGGCAUCCAAGCUACAGCACCUUUACCUGGGGCAGUUUGCCUUCGCUCGGGCACAGCGGGUGUGCCAGACGCUUUCUUAAAGGUCGACGGCGGCAUAGAUCGCGCCUGCCGGGGCCAGUCUGCCUCGGAUUGGAGUCCGUCGUAUUUUACCUACUUUAGUGCUGCACAGGCGCCAACGCUUGAUGACUGCAAGGCCAGGUGUUUGGCCGACAUAGCCUGCAAAGGAAUCGAUUUCAGCGCUAACGGAUGCAAUGUGUGGAACCGUGCCGUUACUACAUCCAUAAGCUUCACGGGAUCUACAUGUCUCAGCUAUGAGCCCUUUGUGGGCAUAGAUGGGGGCGAGAGGCGCGGCUGCUUCGGUGACCCGCCAUACCAGAUUGCCACGUUAACUUUCGCAGCCUCGGAGAUUGCUGAUCGAUGCAAGCUGGUUGGCGGUGGCUUGGACAGAGCCUGUGGAGGUAUGGGCCCAACGGAUGCGUGGCCCAGUUACUACACACUCACAAGCUCCGAAUCUUUGUCGCUUGCCUCCUGCAAAACUUUGUGCGUCUCCACGGUGAGCUGCAGAGGGAUCCAGUACAGCGCGGGAAGUUGCCAGGUUUGGACAAGGCGGGGUGGCAUCCAGGCAUCCCAAGACCAGAGUGGCUCGCUAUGCUUGCGGCUUGGCUCCUGGGACACCUGGGAAGAUGCCAGCUCUUUCAUUUCGAUGGAGGGAACCUGCGGUGGCCAGGGUUUGAUUGAGCGUUUCCAUGGACAUGAAAUGGCCUCAUCAUUGCAAGAGUGUGAGAUACGCUGCGCAUCCAUUCCUGGCUGCAGAGGAGCAGUUUUUGGUGCAGCAGGAUGCAGAACUUGGCAUGGAUCUGGAAAGGUGGAGGCCUCCGCAGAACCAGGAACGACUUGCCACAGCUUCGAGCCCUUCCGUGACGUGGACGGGGGCGUGGGUCGGGCCUGCCGCGGAGCGACCUUAACGGAUUUGCAGGACUCCUACUACAGCAAGAGCUCCGCCAGUUCACUAGAGGACUGCCAGGACCAGUGUGCCAGGCUGAGUGAGACCACGGGGACCUGCAAGGGCAUCUCCUUUGACACAGCGUCCGGUGCCUGCCGCCUGUGGACGCGACCGUCUGGUAUCGAAGCCACGGCCACGGCCAGCACAUGGGUCUGUCAGCGCUACGAGCCUUUUGUGCCUCUGGACGGUGGCCGGAACCGAGCAUGCCGCGGGCAGCACUCGCAAGAUACAUCUGCGUUGAAUUUGGUGACGGUGGCUGCAAAGUUUGGACCCGAGACGUCAGAGCAAGCGCUGAAGCCUUUGGUUCU